AUGACAGAAGCCUCGGACGAUGGUAACUAUCUGGUGAGAGUUCAAGCCCAGGUGAUGACGAGGGAUGACAGCUCCGGGGGAUGGGUGAUAUUGAGUGGCGGAGGUUUAGCUAAUGUCUCGGUAAGACGAAGAGUUACCUCCACCGCGAGUAAUGUUCCUCAUCCACCUGGCAGUACCAAUGGCACCAGUGUACCUGGUAGCACUCCUGUCACCUCUCCGUCAUCAUCUAACACUCAAAACUCUACGCCUGGGACAGUUGCCUCCUCCGCGAGUCAUGGAGCCAGUACUUCGCCACCUAGCGCUAAGAGAAAUCACGAGUAUUUUAUUUAUGGUAGAAGAAUCAAGGACCAGUCGGUUGUUUUAAGCUGCACAAUCAAGAAGGACUUCCAGUACAAUAAGGUGAUGCCGACGUUCCACCACUGGUGUACCGGGGAGAAGAGGUUCGGCCUGACGUUCCAGACAGCCGCGGAUGCCCGUGCCUUCGACAAGGGAGUUCGCCGAGCAGUAGAAGAACUGUUGGAAGGGCUCACCGAUUCAUCUUCACCUGCGACUCCAGACGCCGGUGACGACGGUGUUUUCAUGACAGUGAACCUGCCAGCAGAGCCAGCUGACCCACGACAGUCCUCGGAUCCACCUCGUGGGAUAGUUCGCGUACCAAAUUAUCAUUCCCAGUGUCCAGAGCUGCCGGAUCCGCACAAAUCCAGUUCAAUUCACUACAUAAGCGGUCCAUCGGUCAAGGUCCCACCCAGCCAUCAUCCCCUCGAGUCCAGUGGCGACACUGUCUCCGAUAAUUACCCCUACGUCCAGCUGACGACCCUCAACCACGAUUACCUGUACCCUGUGAUCGACGAGCAGAAGAGCGAUCGCAGUCCCGUCGAGAGACGGCACUCCACCGGUUCCCUCAAGAAACCUGACAUCAUUAUCACCCAGCCGACCAAGAGCGCGAGCAAGGAGCGCAACCAUGCAAGGCUCAAGUGUAGGCAUUGUCAGGAAAUGUACACGGAGCACCAGAAUCCAAGAGGGUCUUGUGAGUACGCGCCUGAUAAGGUCAAGGAUGGAAUUUCCACGGUGUCUUGUCUGCUCUGUGCGCGCUGUAUGCUUUAUCACUGCAUGAGCGAUGCUGAGGAAGCAGACUACUCACAAAAUCCUUGCAGUUGUAGUACAGAAGACGGAUGCUGCCGACGAUGGUUCGGACUAGCUUUACUGUCACUAAUAGUCCCGUGUCUAUGGCUGUAUCCACCUCUACGAGCAAUCCACUGGUGUGGCAUGAGCUGCGGCAUUUGUGGAGGCCGUCACCAUCCAUCAGAAUAA